AUGGAGGCCGAGGUCGGCGGCUCCCGCGCGCUGCCGGCGGCCGACUCGCGGUCCGGGGGCCACCUGGCCGCCCUGGUGCUGGCGCGAGGCGGCAGCAAGGGGAUCCCACUGAAGAACAUCAAGCUGCUGGCCGGGGUGCCGCUCCUCGGCUGGGUGCUGCGCGCCGCCAUCGACGCCGGCGUCUUCCACAGUGUAUGGGUCUCUACAGACCACGAUGAAAUUGAGAAGGUUGCAAAGCAGUUUGGUGCUCAAGUUCAUCGCCGAAGUCCUGAAGUGUCUCAAGACUCUUCUACUUCUCUAGAGACUAUCAGAGAGUUUCUUAAUCAUCAUCAUGAGAUUGAUAUUGUAGGAAAUAUUCAAGCAACAUCUCCCUGUUUACACCCCAGUGAUCUUAUAAAAGUGGCAGAUCUGAUCCAGAAAGAGGGCUUUGAUUCCGUCUUUUCUGUUGUAAGAAGGCAUCAAUUUAGAUGGAGCGAGGUGAAAAAAGGAGAAAACAAAAUGACAGAGCCUCAAAACCUGAACCCAGCAAAACGGUACCGGAGACAAGAUUGGCCUGGAGAGCUGUAUGAAAAUGGCUCAUUUUACUUUGCUAAGAGGCAUUUGAUUGAGAAAGGUUACUUGCAGGGUGGUAAAAUGGCCUACUAUGAAAUGCGUGCAGAGCACAGCGUCGAUAUUGAUAUAGACAUCGACUGGCCGAUUGCAGAGCAAAGAGUGCUGAGAUUUGGAUAUUUUGGUAAAGAGCCAUUAAAAGAGGUGAAGCUCCUGGUUUGCAGCAUUGAUGGAUGCCUGACAAACGGUCGUAUUUAUGUGACAGAAGAUCAGAAGGAAAUGGUCUCUUAUGAUUACAGAGAUAUUGUUGGGAUUGAGCUCUUAAAAAAAAGAGGAAUACAGGUUCGACUUAUCUCUGAAAGAGACUGUUCCAAAACACUGUCUGCCAUGCAGCUGGGAUGUGUAGCAAAAGUUAAUGCAACAAAUAAAUUACAAGUCCUAGAGGACUGGCGAAAAGAUAUUGCUUUGAGCUGGAAAGAAGUGGCUUACUUAGGUAAUGAAGAGUCUGAUGUCGAGUGCCUAAAAAGUGCGGGCUUGAGCGGCGUCCCUGCUAAUGCCUGCACUGUUGCUCAGAAGGCUGCGGGUUACAUUUGCAAAAGCAACGGUGGCUGUGGAGCCAUCCGCGAGUUUGCAGAGCACAUAUUCCUGUUGCUGGAGAAAGUGAACUCUGCGAGAAAGCAGAUGGAAGAAGUCACUGCAGUAGGAGAAGGAACUGGGGAAAGUGAUAACAGCAGGAUAGCAAAUAAGGAGCAAAUGAAAAAGAGAUAACACAGUCAUUCUCUUGCUUUUCUCCUUCCCCUCUGAAUAUGUCUGUAUGCCAAAGGAAAGAUUUCCUUUCAAAUUUAGCAAGUAGAGUUGAAAGUUGACUAUUUCCCUCCAGUUUAAGGUUUCACUUUGAUUAAAUGCUGAGAGCAUUUAUAUUCCUGAUCAUUUUAAGAGCCAUGUAAGUGCAGUGGAAGGAGUGCUACAAAAGGUAGCGUCCAUAAUUAUUACAGCUGUUCUGCAGGAAUUAUUUCAUAUCAAAUAUUUUCAGAAAUGAUUGCUUUUUAUGAUUUGAGGAUUUAUGUUGCAGAUUUUUGACAGUUUUGUUCUGUCAGGUGUGAUCCCUUUACAUAUAUUUCCUCUAUCAAAUGUCAACAUGACAUUGCAACCAUGGCUUGCUUUUUAUGUGAUGCAUCUCUAAUAAGCAUGAGUCUUAAGAUAUGCUAGAAAAGUCAGGUAUGAAAUACCAAUCAAAUCUUUUCCUAUAUUUUGAGAAGAGAAUUCAAAUACUAUAAAGCCAGUUAAUAUUAGCUAAAAAAAACAUUUAAGCAUAUGCUCAGUUUUAAGCUCCUAAAUAAUUAAAUGAUGCUUGGAAUUUUGCCUCUUAAUUUUGAAUAUCUUUAAGCACUUGAAUGAAACUCAGUGUAAAUUAACAUAUCCAAAUGCUUUGCUGAAUUUGAAACUAAAUCUCCCAUUAACUUUGAGAUCUACCUAUUGCAGAAACUGUUUCUUUCUAUGAAGCCUUCAUUAUGAUAAUUAGCAACAGAAAAGAUCUUUAUUGUGUGAAAAAGUAAUUGGUGUUAAAACCAAAAUCAUAGGUGAGAUUUGUGGGGCUAUAUAAAGCAUACAUUCAGACUAUUUUUAGCAUGUUAAUUUAAAACUGGUGUGUAUGUAUGUGUAUUUAUGUCUUUUUUUUUUAUCUUGUUUUGGUGUAAUUAACUCAAUGAUCUAUAAAUAUUUGUAUAAUCAAUACUAAAACCAAGGAUCUGAUUUCAAUCCUAGUGUUUAUCAAUCUGGGCCUUGGGUUAUGAUGAAAAAUAAAUAAGUUGCACACA